AUGAUGAACAACGAUUUCGUGGACAAACUUGCCGAGUAUAUACGCGGAUUGGAGUAUAGUGGAAACGAGGAGGAUAGCGCUCCUUUCACCAUUAGUUGGCAAAAAGAUGAAGAUGGGUAUAUCGCAGUUGGAACAGGUUCGGACGGAAAACCUUUUGUGGUCGGUGUGACGUCGAAAAGGCUCCUAUCUCGGUUGGAUCGGCCUGUUGAAUCAUUUGUUUUCCAUGUGGACGCUACAUUUAAGGUUGCACAAGUUGAAUAUCCAGUGCUGGUUUAUGGAAUAUAUGAUCGAUGCCGUUCUUUUCAUCUAGUGGCUUUGUUCGUAACUUCGCAGCGUCUAGAAACACAAUACACGUAUAUGCUGAAUUCACUGCGUUUCGUGUAUUUUCGUGUCAUGCAAAAGGCGUUAAAGGUGUAUUACGUGAUGGGAGACGCUAAGGAGGCCCAAUCCAAUGCUAUUCAGAGCGCACUAGGCUCUGACAAGGUGUUGAAGAUACUGACGUGCUACUAUCACGUGGUUGCCAAUGUAAUGAACUGA